AUUUAUUUAUUUAUUUUUCCUAGUCUCCAGAGAAUACAGAGGGCAAAGAUGGAUCCAAAGUAACAAGACAGGAGCCCACCAGACGGUCUGCCAGAUUGUCAGCGGGCACCCAGUGUCUGCGUGGCUGAGAGAUGCCUCUCAUCUUGAGCUGCCAUUGGAAAGGAUGAAGAAACCUGCUCCACCAAAGCCUGAACCUAAACCAAGAAAAACAGCUGCUAAGAAAGAACCUGGAGCAAAGAUUAACAAAGGUGCUAAAGGGAAGAAGGAGGAAACACAGGAAGCUGGAAAGGAAGGUACUGCACCAUCUGAAAAUGGUGAAACUAAAGCUGAAGAGAUCCACAUCUCUCGCUCAACUAUUAAUGUCUCAACCUCCCGAGGGACAGAAAACUGAAUCUUUAGAUAACAAGGGAGAAUGAAUUGUCAUGAAAAAAAAUUGGGGGUUGAUUUUAUGUACCUAUUGGGACAACUUUGAAAAACUAUUUUUACCAAGUAUUUUGUAAAUGCUAAUUUUUUUAGGACUCUUCUAGUUAGCAUUCAAAACUCUAUAAGGAUGGACACUUAUCUUCUCAUGGUCAUGCUUUUUUGGAAGGUCCCAUCACCUUCGAGUAAAAUAGAUAUUGAUUUAAUAUUGGAAGCUGUGUGUGAGUUAAUUCAGCAUUUAUGCAUUUGCUUUCAAAUCUUAGUCCUGUGCAUAUUGUGAUGUUUUUAUUGUGUGUAUGUGAAUUUUCCACUCCGUUUUUCUAGAGCAAUAAUCAGUGGUGCUUUUGUACCUAGGUCUUAUGUGAUCUUAAUGAAACAUGGAUAAUUGUGGCCACCUGCUGACUAUUUGUGGUUUAAAAUAAAAGGUUCUCCUGCCUGCAAAA